AUGGAGCACUCAGAGAGUAGCACCAGCAGCAACACUAAUUCACGUGUCGGAAGUUAUGUACUGGGUCAGACUCUGGGCAAAGGAAACUUCUCCAUCGUCAAGCUUGCACGUUGCCUUAAAACCGGAGACAAUGUGGCCAUCAAAAUUUUCGACAAGCACGCGGUUCUCUCCAACCAACCCAAGAACGAGCUGCAGAAGCUAAACUUAUUAAAAAUGAAAAUGAUUAGACACCCUAAUGUGGUGCAUGUGCGUGAGGAGAUAUAUUCAAAAACACAGUUCUUUAUUGUAACGGAGCAUGUAACUGGUGGGGAACUGUUUGAUAAAAUUACAAACACCGGGAGAAUGGAAGAACCAGAAGCAAGAAAAUAUUUUCAGCAGCUUAUACAUGCUGUGGAUUACUGUCACAGUAGAGGUGUUUCCCAUAAAAACUUAAAGCCGGAGAAUUUGUUAGUGGAUGCUGAUGGAGUGCUUAAAAUAUUGGACUUUGGAACAAAUAUGCUGUCCCAACAAGUUGGACCAGAUGGGUUGCUUCACACAGCACGUGGUCUGCCACAUUAUAUCGCCCCAGAGGAGAGAAUGAACAUCGGCUAUGAGGAUGCGAAGUCUGACAUCUGGUCAUGUGGUGUUAUUCUUUUUUUUCUAUUGGCUGGAUAUUUACCCUUCAAAUGUAACGACACUACCGAUUUAUGCCUAGAGAUGUUUAAGGCUGAUUUCACAUGUCCUUCAUUUUUUUCUCCAAGUGCAAAGAGACUAAUUAAGAGAAUCCUUGAUCCCAAUCCAGCGACACGGGUUGCAAUUAAAGAUAUCUUGGAGGAUGAAUGGUUCAAGAACGAACCUCAAUCCCAAGAAUUAAGUGCAAGUUUUGAUGAUGGCUCUGCAGAACCGGUUUCACAGGACCCUGCAGAACCGGUUCCCAAGAAUGCAUUUCAGAUAAUGCGUGCUUUUCUUGGCUUCAAUCUUGUAGGAAAUCUGCUUAACAAGGUACUUGGUAAAAGGGUAAAAAGUUUCGUAUCCAAAUGCUCCCCAGAUGAGAUAAUUUCAGGAAUUGAACGUACAAUAGCUUCUAUGGGUUUUAAUGUUAAGAAGAGAAAGUACAAGUUGAAAAUUGAAUGGGAAACGGAUGAACAUAAAGGUCAUCUAUCAAUGGUUAUUAAGAUCUUUAAGGUCAAUCCUUCCCUUUUCAAGGUUGAAGUUCGAAGGGAUGGAAAAAAUAACCCUGAUUUUAAAGAGUUCUACAGCGAUCUAUGUGCUGGGCUGCGUGAUAUCAUUUGGGAAGAGAAAUCUGCCAACUCAAAAAGAGAUGGUGCAAGUACAUCAACUGCAAAAUAA